AUGUUCUCGCGGCCGCCUGAGCCUGCGAUGGGGCGUCCUUCACUUGCUCUUUGCUGCGUGAAUCAGCUCAUCCUCUUCCGUUUCUCCCAUCUCGGUCUGAUCCCGGAGUUGCGAGGCGCUGUUCCACCAAGGGCAGCAGGUGGGGUCAAGGAAGUUCGGGCGCCCAGGUUCUUUCCUGAAAGACGGUCCAGGAAUCUCACGGCACCGCUGCUGAAGUCCAGGUCUUCUUUUUGCACUAGGGAGCCGGCCCCCGAUUGCACGUGCACCGCCCCCUCCGGGCCUUCGUCUCGCUCUACCCUCCAUCUCCUCGUGCAGCAGGCGGAUUUGUUGCGACUCUGCCAGAUUUUCGAGAAGACAUACGCGGUGCCAACGGGCGCCUCGUGA